AAGAAAGUUCUGCAGAGUGAGUUCUGUACGGCCAUCCGAGAGGUGUACCAGUACAUGCACGAGACCAUCACGGUGAACGGCUGUCCGGAGUACCAGGCUCGGGCGACAGCCAAGGCUACGGUUGCAGCGUUCGCCGCCAGCGAAGGGCACUCUCACCCGCGGGUGGUGGAACUCCCGAAGACCGACGAGGGACUGGGCUUCAACGUGAUGGGUGGCAAAGAGCAGAACUCGCCCAUCUACAUCUCCCGCAUCAUUCCAGGGGGCGUGGCCGAAAGACAGGGGGGUCUGAAGAGAGGAGACCAGCUCCUGUCCGUCAACGGGGUGAGCGUGGAGGGCGAGCAUCACGAGAAGGCGGUGGAGCUGCUGAAGGCGGCGCAGGGGAGCAUCAAACUGGUGGUGCGCUACACCCCCAAGGUUCUGGAGGAGAUGGAGGCGCGGUUCGAGAAGCUCCGCUCGGCCCGGCGCCGCCAGCAACAGCAGCUUCUCAUCCAGCAACAGCAACAACAAAACCUCAACACGCAGCAGAACCACACGGCGUAGGUUUUUCCAGACGAAGAUAAAGAAGUAAACAUUCACACUGAGAUCAGAACUCAGAACUGAUGAUCUGUCUGAGAGAUCCAGCAGAUCUGAUCGUGGGUGGAGAUCCGUUUUAAUGAGAUCGAUCUGUCUUCCGCUGCUGGUGGAUCCCUGAUUGCAGGCGAGGAGGGUAUAUCGCUUCUCACGCCUCCGACGACCCGCGCACAGCCUUUAGCGGAACCCUUUUUUACCCAUGCACCCCGCACAGGCGCCUCUCUAUCUGCCAAUCAGGGUCCUUACACAACGUUUGAAGACCCCACCUAGUACAUAGUCUGGUCAUCCCGCCAUAGCAGAGACGUGUCUGCUGCAGGCACCGCCGAUUAUGCCCACUAGAUGGCGCCCAGCCGACCGGUGGCAACGCCGAGUUUCAAAUCGAGGAGUUCAGAAUCUCGGCGCUGGUGUGCUAGCGGAAUAUCCCGCUCCGCCACCUGGGCACCUAAAAUGUGAUUGAUUUCUGUCUUGGCUGUAAGGGGGCAAACAUAUAAGUAAUCUGCUAGUUGACGUUUGUUGUGAGUAAUUAGCGGAGGUUUUUCAUUGCUGCUAGAUUGAGUGCUAGUUAUUCGCCGGCUUCUGUGCUUUUGUUCGAAUGUAGACACACGUUAGACACACGGCGCUUUGUCAGCUCAAAUUCUAAGCUAAUUUUAUUCAUGUGUUUAUUUGUUUUGCUCCACAUGGCUCACACAACCCAGUUAGCAAAGCAGCGUCGGCGUGUUGGAUUGUGGUUCGAUCUGCUGGUGUUUUAGUGUUGAUUCAGUGUCUGUUUGCAAAAUGUUUAUUGUAAUUAGCUCCAUUUAGAGAGUUUUUUUCCCCUGAUGUUGAUCGUUUGGAAGAGAAAUGAAAUAAUUCUAUUUAUGCUAAGAUUUAAUAUUGAGAUAUAAAAUCCACUAUAUUGUUCGACGUGGAGCAGAAUGUUACAUACAGAUAAAUUGAUGCUAUAUAAUGCAGAUGUGUAAAAGAAUCAUAACGUUUAUUUAUUUUCAGGGUGUAAAUCGUUCUGGUUUGAAGUUUGUGGUUUUUU